UUGGUGUCUUCAAGGUAGGGGGAUCUCCAUGGUGUUGGAUUUCCUUGGGCUUAUGAGGUCUCCAAUGCAAUAAGGUCUCCAUGGGCUGGAGGCCAUGUCCCUUAGUGCCAAAUAUGUAUGUUUCUUGAAAGCCUCCAGGGACAGUGACUCAGCCACCUCCCUGGGCAGCCUGUUUCAGCACAUGACCGCACUUGUAGAAGAAAUCUUUGCUAAUAUCCUACCCCCAGACAGAUUGACACUUCCUACCAGCUUGGUGUCAUCUGCAGACUUAAGUAAGUGCGUUCGAUCCCCUCGUCCAGGUCAUCUAAAAAGAUACCGAACAGGACAGGCCCCAUUACCAACCCCUGUGCAACACCACUCACGACCAUUCACCAGCUGGGUGUAACUCCAUUCACCACUACUCUCUGGGCCUGGCCAUCCAUCUAGUUCUUCACCCAGCAAAAAGUGUACCAGCCCAAGCCGUGGGCUGACAACUUCUCCAGGAGAAUAUUGUGGGAGACAGUGUCAAAGGCUUUGCCCUGGGAACAGUGAGGUCACAGCAAGUGGGGCCCUAGAGGCUGUGGGGCUGAGGGAUGGGGACUAGGAGCCCCUUUCCCUACCUCAGGGUAAAUGUGUUAACUCAAGUUUUAUUGACAUUUUCGAUGUAUUUUCAAGCAGAAACGAGAAAAAGCAAAUUGCAAACAGUUAUGGCAAAAUACUGAGGACAUGGUUAAAAAUGAAGUAACCAGUGAAUGUGUUCCGGAAGGAAAAUAAGGCUGUGAGCAGGGAAUAGGAACAUUUCUGAGCAAAUCACAGUAAUUUAAUGAAAAACAUUAAAAAUAUGGUUAGAACAAAUCAAAGAAUGAAUAUGUUUAGGGAAGAAAAUAGUAGUGUUACUAGGGCACAGCAGAAUUUCUGAUAAAAUUGCAGUACUGGAGACGUAGUUAGAAAACUAGACCUGUGAAUAUAUUGUGGAAGAAAAAUAAGGGUGUGAGAAAGGAAUGAAGAUUCCUGAGCAAAGUGUGGUAACAUAAGGAAAUAAUAAGCAAUACAAUUGAAAACUAAACCUGUGAGCAAGAUUCCAGUCAUAAGCCCAGGCUUGGUGCUUCUGCUCCAAACUGGUGUCAUUUGCAAAGAGGGAGGAGUAGGGCUUUGUUAUAAAACAGGAAGGAAAAUCUACCAGAAUUUGUCUGGUGAUGACAUUAGGAUCACACACCCUGUGCCAAUCUCAGCUGUACAAAUUCCUGUUUAUAAGCUACACAGCACUAUACAUCAGUUACAUAUGAUAAAGAAUAGUAAUUAUAAUCUACAGUAAAAGAGAUUUGCAUGUGUGUAUAAAGACACACACAGGCACACAUGCAUAAAAGCAACAGUCCUUUUACUCUGCUCUUUCAUUUCAAUGUGCACCAAGAAUUGGAAAAACCCAAAGGUAAUGUUGUAAAAUUUCAGAAAAAAUUGUAGCCAAGUAUUUUGGGGAAACGAAGCAAAACAAAAACAACCCUCUUUUGCCUGUUAGCUUCAUGGUUUUGGGUGAUAUUUUGCUUUAGGAAGUGCCGGGGCUUAAACCUGAAUUUCUGCCCGUUUGUUUUUCUUGGAAUUGUUGCCUUCUGCGGUUGUUUCUUUUAUAAACAGCCUUCUGAAAUAGAUUCUGCUUGGGACAUGUCGGCCGCUUGGAACGAUUCCACAUGUUAAGCAUGGGUGUGGGUUGGAAAAUACCUUGCUUUACAGAUACAAAUCUGGGAAUCCGUCCUCUUUGUGAUAAAUCAGAACCAUCAAACCAUGGAAGCCCAGAAUCACCAUGGGAUCAGAGAACCUAUCAUCAGGGAAUCUACACAGAGCCAGACAAUCUAGAAGUAUUGAAUCAUCAUGGAGAUAUUAUGAAAUCUGCACUCAUUGAAUCUAGAACAUACAGUCAUAGAAGCAUCGGCUCAUCAUAAAAUCACCAGUCUGGAAUAAUAGAACCAUCAUAGAACGUAGAAACAAUUAAUUAAUUUAAUUAAUUUAAUUAACCCCAUAAACAACUCUCCCAUAAAACUCACCGAAUCCUCACAGAAUCUGACAUAGGCCCACAAGGCAUUAAGGACUUCAGCCUGUGUUUCCACCCCUCCAUCCCAUGAAGGCUGGGGAUUCUCCUUUAUCCUCCCUUAGCUUCUACUGCACUUAGAGCAGCAUUUUUUAAGUGCCUUCAACAGCCAUAGCCAGAUGGAACUCCAGCUGCACUUUGCCCUUCUAAUUUUCCCUCUGACAUCUUUGCAGUCCUCAUAGUUUUGUCCUGGGCAGAAACCAAUCAGACUAACAGGAGUUGGUGGGCACAAGCAUUAUUUUGUUUUCUCACUCCCACAGAGGGAAAUUUGGCAUGGAGCAAGCUCAUAACCAAUGGUGUUGAAGAGCAUCACCCAGCGCUCCUUAUGGAAUGGGUUAUGUAGAAAACCAAAGCACUGCUGCCAGGUACAAGUGCUGAGAGGUUUUCUUCAGAAGAUGGAUUUUAAUAUUUUUAAUACUUUUUAAAUAUUUUUAAGACCUUUCCAAAAGAAAUCCAACACUGCUGUGCCCUUCACAAAACCUCCUUUUCCAUGACUCAGGAAAAAAAAGUGUUCAUAUAAAAUACACAAGCAAAAAGGAAUCCCAGGGAGCCUGACCUCAUAGAGUUGCAUGUGUGAACCUCAGCGCAGGUCUCCCCAACUGUGGAAGCGUUCAGGGCCAGGCUGGAUGAGGCCCUGGAUGGCCUGAUCUGAUGGAAGUUGUCCCUGGCCAGGGCAGAAAACUGGGACUGGAUGAUCUGUCAGGCCUCUUCCAACCUCAGCUGUUCUAUGAUUCCAUGACUUGAUGAUUCUACAAUGAUUCUCUGAUUCACUGAUUCUAUGCUUCUGCUAUUCAAUGAUUCUAUGAUAAUUCUGAUUCUAAAUUCUCUGAUUCUGAGAAUUCUCUGUUUCUGAGCUUCUUUUAUUCAAUUAUUAUGAUUCUAGAGCAUAUAAUUAGCUGAUUGCAUGAUUCUGGAUUCUCUGAUUCUUUGACUCUAUGCUUCUGCAUUUUGAUGGUUUGAUGAUGCCCUGGUGGUUCUCUCAUUCUCUGAUUCCAUGCCAGAGCAUGUAGCUUUACAUGGAAGCAGCCACUCACAUGUAACCCCACUUCUCCUCCAUUACCUCACCCAGAUUUGAGGACAUCCAUUUCAGCCACUUUUCUGUGGCCAGCGGGAUUCUUCCCAUCAGCAUUAUCACUCUGGUGUUGGCUCACCAGAGGUAUGCAAUCUUUCAGUGUGCAAUUUGAAAGUGAAAUCAAAACUGAAGUAUUGGCUGCAACAUCCAGGUAACAUCUUAGGCAUGCCCUAAGUGGGGAUCAGAUCAGAGCUGAUGCAAAGCCCAUGGUUUCUUGGUGGCCAGCAACUACUUCUUCCACUGCAUCCUCCAACUUGUGAUCUUGUAGGUAGAGUCUGACUCUACGUUACAAUUCCUGCAUUUCAUACUGAUUAACAGUGGAUCUGCCAAGGGUCCCAGUGACUGAAAAAUGGGGUGAAGUAAGGAUUCUAGAUAAUAAGAAAGCUACACUAAUUGCUAGAUGUUCUGUGGAGCAGUUAGCGACGCUAAGUGCUAGAAAAGUAGGCAAUGAUAAGCAAUUCUACUUGCUAAAAUGUUUAUGUAAUUCUGAAACUUGUAACCAGAAUGCUGGGGUCUGUCUUCGUCCUGCCAAACAUCGUCAAGUGGGAUGAGCAGUGGCAGAUAUCAAUCCAAAAGCCCUGUAAGUCCUUGAGGGUGUCCACAGCUGUGUGUGAGUGGCUGUGACAGAAACAUCUAGGAUAACCAAGAGGAAUGAAAGAGGGAAGUAAUUGAUUCCAUGUUGAUGAUUAAACAACUACUGCUGCAUAUUCUUGACUCUAUUCCUAAGACUAUAUGUAAUAAUAAAGCUCUAAUAUAACACUGUAGUCAGCCCACAUUCUGAAGGAACCAUGAGAAGAUUCUCGGCCCCAUGGAGUCAGGUGAGGGGAGUCCUGAAAAACUCUUGCUGUUAAGAAUUACAUUCUGAACGUCUCACAGCUGCAAGCACCACCUGCAGCAGUGUUUCAGUGAACUACGGCAUCAGGAGGCAGUAUGGACUACAUGGUGUCCAAUCUCCUAUGGCACGCCCUCAGGCAUCUGGGGAUGUGUAUCUUCUCAAAAUCCACGAGGGACCUCAGGAAGAUCCAGCCCAAGGAGGGGUACGAGCACUGUGAGCUGCAGAGCACGGUGGAGCUGUCAGCAGCUGCACUGGCUGACCUGCUGUACAGCCACCAUGGGCAGCCCCACAGCAGGCAGGUGUCAGCAGAUACACAGAGGGGCAUGGGAUGGAUGUAACAGGACGAUGUGCUGGAGAAGCCCAUGCCCCACAGAUGAGGCACAGCGGCCUUCAGGCCCAGCUGGCCUCUGGCCCAGCCCCACUGAGGCACGAGGUCUCAAAUCAGGAUGGAUAAAGGUUCUGCUGGCAGGGCAGCCCAAUUCUGGGGGUGUUUCAUGGCUUGGGGUUGCCACUGUUCUGUCAGGGCCUGCAAGGAUGCAAUGAGGAAGGCUAAGGCACCCUUGGGAUUAAAUCCAGCAAAGGCGGUCGAGGAGAACAACAAGGGCUUUUGUGAGAAUGUUGGUAGUAAAACUAAGACUGGAACACAUGCGGGUCUGCCACUGAAUGCCGUGGUAACAAGGGACAAAGAGAAGGCAGAGGUACUGAAUGCCUUCUUUGCUUCCAUCUUUACUACUAAGAUUGCCCCUCCUAAAUCCCAGGCCCUGGCGGUAAGAGAGAGAGUCUGGGGAAUUAAAGACUUCCUCCUGCUUGAGGAGGAUCUGAACAGGAAGUGUGCAGGCAAAAUCAGUGCUCGCAAAUUCAUGGGCCCUGUGGGGAUGCACCCACGUGUGCUGAGAGAGCUGGUGGAGGUAAUUGCUGAACUGCUCUCUAUGAUCUUGGAGAGGCCUUGGAGAACAGGAGAGCUGCCUGGAUGCUGGAGGACAGCCAGCUUCGCACCAGUCAUCGCACCGAUGAGUGGGCAGUGAGAUGGACUGGGAACUGGCUGACGACCAAGAGAUGAUGGAGGGGCCUGGAGCAUCUUCCUCACGAGAAAAGGCUGAGAGACCUAGGACUCUUCAGUCUGGAGAAGAAAUGCAUGAGCGGGGGAUCUCAUAACAGUUUGGCCCACUGCGACGGGCCCUGCGUCUGCUCCAAGCCAUGAGACAGGCCCUGCGCCAGCACCCGACUUCGUGACAGCCCACGUGGUUCAACCAGAGAACCCAACUGUGCCAGUAUCCAUAGCCCUUAUUAAAAAGAGCAAAAUGAGGCCGUGAAAAUCAGCUCCUUUAAUAAGAAAGGAAAUACGUUCUAAGAGGGGGGUAGAAGAAGAGGAUGAGAAUGAAGCCAGGCCAUGACAAGAACGGCAGGAGGAAGAGGCCGAACUCAUAAAGGAGAUGAGAACCAUUUGACUCCUGAGCACGAGUGAGCUGACAGAUAUGUGAAAAGACUUCAGCUGUCAUGCAGGGGAGCACUCUGACACUGGGAGAACGGGGCCGCAAGCCUGGACUAGGCGGGCAGCAAAGGCAGGCAUCUGGGAUCCCUUUCACGGGCAGGGUGCAUUGGCAAAGCCCUUGGAAAUGAGGCACGAGCCUUCCCCUCGUGGAGGUGACUCUCCGUAAGGGCCGAGAGGGAAAGGAGUCCCUUCAAAGAAGAUCUGGUAUGUUACCCAGGCAAGCGGUGCACCGUGGGGAAAGGUGUGCCUGAGGGCACCAGCUCUUCUGGAGGUGAUGCGUAAUGCUGAAAAAAGAGGGGAGAUACAGACUGGCUGUUGGCCGGCAAUUGCUGAUUCUGAGGGCCCAGGGCUGCCGCCAUCUUGCUAGGGAGCCUGGGACGCAUUCCGCCCCGAGGGGGUAACCGUGAUGUCACAGUGGUGGCAGGGAGCGGCCAUUGUGACCCACGGGGCUGGGAGCAGAGCAAAGGCUGCCGGGCUCAGAGCGUGGUCAGUGCGGCCUGGUGAGGUGCAGAGAGAGCAGGGACUCUUCAAGUGCUCACCGUUGACGCGCAACAUGUCCAGUAGGAAGCGGAAGGCCCCCGACUCCGGGGAGCAAGUGUGCAUGCUGUGUCGCCGGGCGGAUGUCGACCCGAACAUCUGCGGGCGCACCUUUGCCGAGAGCGACCUUUGCGUGCAUGAGUUCUGCUUGCUUUUUUCUUUGAAGAAAAACACAUUCUUUGAAGAAAGCGACCCCUGGGAGGAAACGCUGCGCCUCCCCGUUGGGACCAUCAGAUGCAGAAUCAAGCAGGCGGACCAGAAGCAAUGCUUUGUUUGUGGCGAGAGAGGAGCCGCCAUCAGCUGCGCAGAGAGAGGCUGUGCACGCAGCUUCCACCUGCCCUGCGCCGCGGACGGUGAAUGCGUCACCCAGUUCUUUGGGCAGCACAGGUCCUUCUGCUGCGAGCACCGCCCGCGACAGGCAGCGGAGGCAGCUCCACCCCAAGGCACUGACUGCGUCAUCUGCCUGGAGCCCCUGGAGGACAGCACGUCCUACCAGACCCUGUGGUGCCCAGCGUGCAAGCACACCUGGUUCCACCGCCGCUGCGUCCAGGGGCAGGCCACGAACGCCGGCACCAUGUGCUUCCAGUGCCCCAUUUGUCGAGACACGGAGCAAUUCCGGGCAGAAAUGUCCACUCUGGGGAUCCAAGUCCCAGUCAGGAGACCGUCUUGGUGGGAUGACAACACCUACCCAUCACUUCUGCGGAGGCACAGGCGCUGCGAUGUCAGCAAGUGCCUUUACCCAGGAGGCAGGGAGCAGGCAGAGGUGAAUGGGCCCUGGCAGCUGCUGCUCUGCAGCUCCUGUGCUGCAGAAGGGACCCACCGACGAUGCUCCUACCUGAGCAACAGAGUUGGCAGCUGGGAGUGUGACAGCUGUGCUGGCAUAGGCACCGCCUCCAGCAGCAACACGGAGCGCGCCGGACCCAGCACCAACACGGAGCGCGCCGGCCCCAGCACUUCCAGCCAAGGGGCUCCGGAGCCUCCCCGUGGCUCCCAGGGACCGGAGAACAUCAGCUCCGGCUCCAGCAGCCAGGCAGCAUCGGGCCCCUCACACCGGUCCCAGCUGCCUGAGAACAGCCGCCUGCCCAGUGAGCCUGGGACACGGCAGAGGGCAAUCGGCCCACGCCUCCCUGAGGAUCAGGAGGCAUCUCUGCGGCGCCGAGGACGCCGCGGGAGCGGCCGUGCAACAGCCCCGCGCACCAGCAGCAGCUCCCGCAGGUCCACCCCACGGAGGGCACCGCGGCCCUCCAGCGACUCCCCGAACCACAUCCCCACAGCCAGACCUCAGUCUGCACAGGAGCAGCCGGGUGCCAAUGACACCUGCUCAACUUGGUCAACAUCAGCCAAGACGACAAAUCCCACGCUCAUUUACAUCAGCUUGCUCAACUUGGUCAACAUCAGCCAAGACGACAAAUCCACGCUCAUUUACAUCAGCUUGCUCAACUUGGUCAACAUCAGCCAAGACAAUAAAUCCCACCCCCACCCCCAUCAGCUUCAUUCUUCUCGUCUUUUCCUGGGGUUCAUGCACCACCAGAUCAGGAUGCCCAGGAUCCCAUCCACCCUGGCCUCAAAGGACUCCAGCAACGGGGUGUCCUGA